AUGCCCUCCUCCACCAUCUUCACAGGCUCUUCACUAUUGGAGGAUGAGACGGUGGUGUUAAAGGACUACGUGGCUGGUCAGAGACUAGGCGAGGGAAGUUACGGCUCUGUAUAUCUAGUCACAUACGUUCCCUCAGGUGAACACUUUGCUCUGAAGGUACUGCAAAAUAAUUAUUUAUUAGGUCAUGAGGCCAAGAUUAUUCAAGAAGCUAUUGUUAUGCAAUCUCUUGAACAUCCACAUGUGGUCAAAUUGUAUAAAUUUCUACAGAGUACCACUGCAUUUUAUUUUGUUUUGGAACUUGCUGAAGGUGGAGAGUUGUUUGAUUUAAUUAUAUCUCAGCGAUAUUUUAAAGAAGAUGUCGCUCGUCUUUACUUUCAACAACUCAUCUCCGCUAUUGAUUACUGCCACAGCAAUGGUGUGGCCCAUCGUGAUCUCAAGGCGGAGAAUCUUCUGUUGGGUAAAAAGAAUAAACUGCUCGUGUGUGAUUUUGGUUUCUCUAGCAAAGCCCAGUUGGAGUGUGUGGAUGGUGGGGUGAAUGAUGAUGAGUCCCAACCACCGCAUGAGACUGGGACACUGCACUACACCUCACCAGAGAUGGCCAUUCCGAAUAGUAAUCCAGCGACUGUAAAUCCAUUUCAACAAGAUCUCUGGAGUGCGGGGAUUAUUCUUUUCUUUAUGUUGACAGGACGUUUACCAUUUGAUGGGAGAGAUGAUGAGGAAACCAUGCAUCUCAUUCAAAGAGGGAAAUUUGAAUUUCAAGAGGAGGAAGUCACUCGCAUCUCAGCAGAGGCAAGAGCUCUCGUUAAACGUAUGCUUGCCUUUGAACCCACAGAAAGACCAACAGUAGCGCAAAUUAUUGAAAAUAAAUGGUUUGCUGUGAAUUUGGAUGUGACUUUAUUUCCACGACAUGGUUUUCUUAAACAACCCAUGUCUUUUUUGGAUUUUUCUAUUCAACAUAAUGUGACUUGUGAAGAGGAGGCGGUGUUAAAAGCCGCUUUUCAUAAAAUAGAUAUUGAUGAAUAUGGAGAAAUUGGACGAGAUCAAAUUCGUGAUAUGUUAAAUACAUUACAUGGAGAAAAAGUUAGUGCCGAUGAUGUAUCGGAGUUAAUGGAACUCUUUACAGGAGAUCGAAAGAGUAAAUCUAUUACUUAUCAGCAAUUUUAUGAUGCCUGGGUAAAGAAAGAUCUCGCCCAUCGUCCAUUUAAACUUCAAAGUGAGUUUCAACUUCCAAAUAUAAUAGGAGCACAAAUGGUAGAAACAGAACGAGAGGUAGUACGACAAUUACGUGCGGCAUUUGAUAGUGUGGAUGAACUUCAUACAGGUGUAAUUAAUGUGUAUCAAUGGAGAAAAUUAUUUAAACGUUGUAAUAUAGAUGUAACGGAUGAGGAAAUUAAAAGUCUGAUGCGAUUCUUUGAUGAACGUGAAAUUGGUUCUAAUGGUGAAAUUACAUUUGAUAAAUUUCUCAUUGGAGUUGUGAAACGAGAUAUAUUAGUUAGACACCCAAUGGGGAAAAAAUUAGCCAUCGCUACUAAUUUAGCAAGUUUAUUAGAAUCUCGUAAUGUAUCGGAGUGUAUUAUGCAUGGAUUUCUUGUCUUUGGACUUCCAAAUGCGGUAUUAAAGAGAUUAACAAGUUGUAGAGAACGUCUUAUGUUAAUGUAUAAUGAUGAUAUGGUUUCCACAACAUCUAAUGUGUAUUCCUUUCGUUAUCUUGGUUCUGCCGCUUUACAAGUAGGAACAACAAUGGAAACGGCUACUCCCAUGUUAACAUCCUCUACUUCUUUACCAGGUGUGGCCUCAUCUUUAUUAAAUGGAUCUUCUACGGAAUUUCUCCUAUGCCGUAGUUCUGAUGCUCCUUCACUUUCAGAGUCUUUAAAGAAUGCCAACUCGGCUUCUUUACAAUUGAAAGGGAAAUCCGCCAAUUCUGGAAAUAAUAAAAGUAGUAGUAAUAAUAAAAAUAAUAAUAAUAAUAAAUCCGCCGCUUUACAAUUACAAAAUAGUAAAAAUCAAGCCGCCUCUUCUCAAACACAUCGUGUUCUUGCCUUUGGAAGUACAGGUGUAGUAAAUCCUGUGAAUGGGGUGUGUGAUAUUGAUAUUACUUUAGUGCCUGCCAGUUUGGGCUAUACAUUAGUGCGGACCACACGUAUUUAUGGAAAGACAAGUGAUUAUCAUGAGGCAGUGGCGUUUAUUACGAGUCUGUUGGAUUUGGAACGGCGACAGGCCAUGCAAGACACACUCCCGCGUGGAGAGAGUGAGUUGAUGUGA